GACAGCAUAUUUCUCAUGUGUGGAGUAUUUUAUUACAAGGAAAAAAUAGACUUGCACUGCUAACAAUAUCUUUCAGACGCGUCUUACAUAUUUAAGUGUAAUUUGUCCAGCGUGUGAAGAAGAGGAUGGGAUCUUUGCAGAAGGGCCGUGCAUGGGAACAUCAAGACAUGCCGUUCUGUUAUAACCUCUUCUGCACAAUUAUAUCUAUAUCGGACACCGGGAAAUAAACCGCGUACACGCGCAUACGAGCAAACGGAUCGCGUGCAGUUUAUCUAAGAAGCUGUCAGGAUAAAUACAUUACACAAGAUGACCGGGAAUUCUUCAUUUUGCCAAUUUGUAUGUACAUGUAUACCCAUUAACCGCUGUUUUUUCUUCAGAGUUGAUUCCUUAAAUUGAUAACAUCGAUUUUCUGUAUUUAUGGCCGAAUUGCCAUCAUGAUAUCGGGUGUGUAAAAAGGGGCGCGCGCGCGAGCCGCAUCCGCGCGGGGUGCAUCUCAAAAUGACAGCAAUGUACAAAAAAGGAAGGAUACCGAGCGGGAAGACCUGCUGCUAUCCGGGAGAAAUUUUAUCAGGGUCGGAUGGCAUGUCUUGAAUAAGAAACAAGCAAAAUGGAGAGCUCAGGUUCAAGGAUUGUCCUGAGAGACUCGCGCCGUCUGCUUAGAUGUUGCACGCUUCUUCUCGUUGCCGUGAUGUUGGUGGGCUUCACGGCGACAUCCAGCACACCUGUGGCAGUGGAGCUCCCAUCCAACAUGUCCAGAAGAAGCCUCAAUCAACUUCCAACAAGAACACGUUCACCUCCUGCCUUAUCUUCAUCAUCAUCUUCCUCAUCUCCUCAACGUUCUGAAAGAACCAGGCGUCCAGUUCACACGCCAUUUGGUGCCAAACAUCCCAUGUCCCCUGAUCACCAUGACAGUGCCUCCAGCAUAGAUCCCACUCCUUCUCUUGGCUCCGAAGGAUCGGGUAACUUAGGAGAUGGGGCUCAGGGCAUUCACCUGCUGUUACGCCCACCAGACCUUCUAACACCCAGCCAGAUGCCUCCUAUCCGUGCGGACAGAGCACCACCUACUCCAGCCCCUCCCACCCGGGUGGCACCUGAAGACCUGUAUCCCGCUCACUCCGCCGAGAUGGAUUGGGGUUCUGGGGACUAUUUGGAAACACUUACAUUCAUGGGAUCCGAAGGGGAGGAGUUUUCUAUGGUCACAACCCUCCCUACGCAUGGAUACAAUCCAUAUGAUGCUGACGAUGAUACUACGGUCAGCUACAACAUAGCAUUCCCCUCUCGUCCCAUCUUGCCUCUUUCCUCUAGAGACCUCCAACCUAGCAGGACAGUAAAAUAUGUGACUAACUUAAGGACUCCCCACCCCACUGAUCCCCGCCUCCCAUUGGCUCCUGACUCUGCCCACACACACGAUAUGGAUGAUGACCUGGAUUUUGAUUGGGCGGAGCUUUUUCCGAUUGAGCCAACUGAAAUGCUGCUUCCUGACAUGAACAGUAUGGAGUACUACAACACAUUGCAAGCCAAAGAGAAUGCUAGUAUCGUGAGAAAUAGGACGUAUCAUGCCCACCCUCACAUUACCCCAACCCACACUACUGUGGGAGCCACACACACACCCACUGCCACUUUGGGAAAAGUCCCAGAUCAUAUUGACCGGACUACUCCUCAACCCAGUCCACCAGUUACCCCAACUACACCCCAGAAACCUACUAAGCCACCAUCAACAACUUCCACCAAUACCCAACGACCCCCUAAAGUCCGAUUAACACCUGAGAAGGGUGUUCCUUCCAUACCCACUCAUGUGGGCAAAACCCACCCAGUGCCGACCGCCCCGUCUCCACCUGGCACCUCAGAGGGUCCAGUAAUACAAGCUGUCACACUGAAGCCCCCAACUGCUACAAAACCAAGUACUACCACCAGAACUACAACUACAGUUAAAACUACGACUACCAUGAGCCCCACCAGCCUCUCCACCAAAAGUCCAACGUCUACAACCCCCAGAAUUCCUCUGUCCAUUGCACCCCGACAGUAUGUCUGCAACAUCACCAAACCAGACAUGUACCUUGUCAGAGUGGGUAUGCCCAGUGGUUCAUCAGUGGCGUUUGCCAAAGCUCAUGUGCGGGAGAUUCUUAGACGAGAGUUCAACCGAUCUGUAGAGCUACAGGUCCUCAAGGCCCCGCCCAAUUUUAUCUUCCGGGCAGUGUCUGGUCCACUGGUUUACACUGCUGUGUCAGUCAUCAAUGCUCUCCGCCAAUCAGCACACAGCACUUCCUCCUCUACCAUUCUAUCUGUCACACCCAUAUAUGCAGUGCCAGAUUAUAAACAUCAGGUUCACACAGUGCUACAGUUUGUACCGAGUCAUGUGGAUGUGCGUCUGUGCAGCUUCAGUGAGCGUGUGGAGAAGGGGCUGCUCAUGGCGUACGCGGAAGUGCGCAAGCGUUUGCAGGAAAAUGGAAAUUUCACGGUUCAUAUUGUGAAUAUCACUAGCAGCCUUCCUAAAGGCCAGCGUCAGCAGAAGACACCGGUGGACAUCACCUUUGCUGUGCGUGAUUCCCAAGGCUUCCUGACAGGAUCAGAUGUCAGUGGCCACAUGAGGCAGCUCAGCGCAGUGGAGUUCAGCUUCUACCUCGGUUUUCCUACCCUCCAAAUUGCUGAACCUUUUCACUAUCCUGAACUGAAUGUGUCCCAUCUGUUACGUGCAUCCUGGGUGAAAACAGUGUUGCUGGGUGUGUUGGAUCAGCGAGUAAAUGAAAGGACCUUUCAGGCCAAGAUGGAGAGGCGAUUGGCCCUGCUGGUUGGAGAAGGACUUGGACACGGGGCUGGCAAUCGACGAUGGAGAAGAGCCACUAUUAUUGGCAACAACAGUGUACAGAUCGUGCGGACAUCUCGUCUGGAUGGGCCGGAGUACCCUCUGGAGCUGGUGUAUUUUGUGGAGGCGGGGUCAGAGAGACUGCCAGCUCAGGUCACUGCGGCCAUGCUCAAUAGGCUCAACCUUCAGAGAGCUGCUAUUGUACUGGGCUACCGGGUACAUGGAAUUCUGGCUACACCGGUGGAAAAGCUUGCUCUGCCACCCUCUGAGACUCAGCCCAGUAACGUUUGGCUGAUCGUGGGGGUUGUGGUUCCAGUGCUGGUGGUCAUCCUCAUCAUCAUCAUCCUCUACUGGAAGCUCUGCCGCUCAGAGAAGCUGGAGUUCCAGCCAGAUGCCAUGAGCACCAUCCAACAGAGACAGAAGCUGCAGCCUCCAAGUGUAAAAGGCUUUGAUUUUGCUAAGCUUCACCUGGGCCAGCACAGUAAGGAUGACAUCAUGGUAAUUCAAGAGCCCGCCCCUCUACCGCCUCCUGUUAAAGAAGCCACGCCCUCCGAGGGCGGAGAAUUGAACACACCCAAAUCAAAGAGCUCGUCCACGAAAGCAUCACGCGCAGCGCGGAGGAGGGGCAGAUUGUCUCCGUCUGAUGGAGAUUCAUUAGGAAGUGAAGCAUCCAGUGGUAGAGAAUCAGCCGAGGAGAGCACCAGACCUGCAGUGACACCAAGUGACAGUAAACCCCAACAUCGCAAGAGCAAGCAUGCAAAAAACAAACUUGGUGGUCAUCCUGGCAGUGGUGCAGAUGAGCAGUUGUCCUCCUCAUCCAUAUUUGAGCAUGUGGACCGUCUCUCCAGAGGCUCAUCCGAUGGAACACGCAAAGUGUCCAAUAAGAUUCAGCUUAUAGCCAUGCAGCCCAUGCCGAGCCCAUCCCCUCAUUCACAUAACCAAGCCUUGAGUCCCAACCUAACGGAGAAGAUGCCUGAAGAAACAAAGGUCAGCUGUGAGAUCCAGGUGGCCUUGAGGCAUAAAUCUGAGAUAGAACAUCAUCGUAAUAAAAUUCGCCUGCGUGCCAAGAGAAAGGGCCACUACGAAUUCCCUUCCAUGGAGGACAUCAUGGCUGCAUUUGGUGACAGCUCCGAGCAGCAGCGAGUGUAUCAACAAGCUCAGGAGCAGAUACACAAGAUUUUGCACCCAGAAGAACACACACACUCAUCAUGUGGAGAGCUACACAAGAGGUCCAGAGGUCGACACUCUCCCAGACAGAGGCAGAGACAGAAUCUGGGUGGUAGCGGAAGUCUAAGAGACAAAGAUCGCCUCAUUACUGAUGGGGACGCCACAUACAGGAAGUACCCAGGGGUCAACAAUGUAGCAUAUGUGUCUGAUGCAGACCAGCUCCCAGAUGCAGGUAGCCCAUCCCCCACCGAUGAGGUGUUUUUAGACCCUGGAUCUCCGCCUCCUGGCCCUGCCCCUGCCCCACCCACUUACGUCCCACCUCAUCCAACCAUUGAAGAAGCCCGGCAGCAGAUGCACUCCUUAUUGGAUGAUGCCUUUGCGCUUGUCUCGCCCUCUUCUCAAGGAAGCACCGCCCCUUUGACGUUCACAGGUGUUACUGCAGUCACUGGAGUUGGAGAAGUCAGCCCUGGUCAAACUUCUAGCCCGUCCUCACGGCCCUCACGCCAGUGGGGUUGUUCGUCUUAUCCCGCAGCCCCUGCACACAGUCCUUUCUCGGCGAGGUAUGCCGAGUUAGGACUGUCUCCCACGUCAGUCCAAGGUUUGCUUCAGAGGCAAGCACAAGGCUCUGGGUAUCUUGUGUCAGGAGAGAUGCAGUCAGAUCCUGGGUACUCCAGCAGGGGGCAGUAUGGAGAGGAGCUUCCAUCGUCUUCUCGGCCACGACCUUUAGGGGGCAGCACAGGUGCACAGUUGCAUCAGCUAACACAGGUGGGUUUGUCAAGUCGAAUUGGACUGUAUCCUGGUGUUGGCCGAAGUGUAUCAGGACCGUCGGGAUCCAGCUGGGCCCAGUACCGCUCAGAUGAAGAGAUCCCUAGACCAGGGUCCAACCGAGAUGCUAAUCUAAAAUGCAUGCUGUGUCUUAAAGGGAUAGUUCACCCAAAAAUGAAAAUUCUCUCAAUAUUUACACACUCUCAUGAUAUCCCAGAUUUUGACAUUCCCAGAGUAUUCCUCACCUGUAUUCCAAAUGCCCAGGACAGCCCUCCAGGGUCCACCAACACCCCAGGCCCACCUGGAACCCUCUACCGCGGGGUACAUUGGCCCUGAGGAGCAUUCUUUACCCCCUCAGUCCUCUGCCUCCCUCAUAAAGGCGAUCAGGGAGGAACUUCAGAGACUUUCUCAGAAACAAACAGCUGUUGCCAGCUACCACAGUUGAGAUAAACCCAAACCCCAGAUGUGGGUAACUUCCUUUUGCAGCUGUUAGCUGUGAUGUACCACAUAAACAUCCUCACAAAUUCUGACAAGGCUCCAUAAAUGAGAAGCUGCUUUACAUAAACCGAAACCAAAAUCUUAGGCCGGAAACGUACAUUUUGUGAGUAAACUAACGUAGAUGCGAAAGUUUUGCCUCAUUGUUGUCUUUGAACAUAAUUGCGUGCACUCUUGCGUUGCUGUGCCGGAGACAUGUCGACUUUAACUCACUCAGCAAGAUUUUCUUUAAACUGGUGCUCCACCGUGAAUGACAGUAUUGCCCCUUGUGGCAACCUUGAGAAUGAAUUGCGUUAAGGGUGCCUACACACUAGGGAAAGCUCAGACGGAGCGUUUAAUGCAUGUAUGAGUUUGUCUGCCAUUUUUGUUUUAUUUCACAGUGCAAUUAGUCCCACCUUUCCAAGAUUGUCCUUGGUCAACGCAUGCUUUCAACUUUUUAGCAUGAUGGAGUGUCACUGUCAUAAACCCUUGCGUUUUCCUCUCCGUCCUUCUGACGCACCAUCCCCAUUGAAAUCAAUGCAUUCGCAGCGUUCUCUGACGCUGUGUAAACUCUAGUGUGUAGGCACCCUAUGAAUUACCACCUGAUACAUUUUGCAACGCAACAAUGCACAAAAUUGAGCUUGUGGUAGAAGCGAUUGUGUUCUUGUGCAGAGCAUGUUUCAGGCCUACAAAUUUAAGUACGGCUGGUCUGUUACACAUGAAGAAAUGCCGCAAAUAUUCCAUACUGUCAUAGCCAAUACAUCCACAAUUAAAAUUGUACUGCUGAUAUGCAGAAAAUGAACUUCAAGACUCUCUCUUAUAUUUCACAAAAAAACAGACAUCUGUCAUAACAAUGACUUGUCCAUACUGUUUAGAAAAAUAGACAACGUUGCCCCAUAUUCAGACUCUCAAUAUGCAUGCUGAGAGCUGUGAACUUUCCAUACUUAUUGCUGACUGUUGAUAAUGUGAAAAUCCCUCCCUUUCAAUUCCAUGUCUGUCGAAGUGCUUCCUUCAAAUGGAUCAUCCUUGUGUCUCUGAACUUCCUUUGGUGCUAAAAAUAAUUUCUUGCCUUCACCCCGGAAUCUACAAAGUGGCAUCUUUACCUCUCGCCUUUUGUUCUCUCGCCUCUUCCCUGUUCUCCCAUUUAUUCAAGAUGGCUGAUCAAGUUAAAACAUGUUCUGUGUUCCAAACCCUAGUGAGCUGCCUACAGAGGCAGUAUUUUAAGGCAUCAUAUGCAUGCAACCAACACCUUGCUUUAGCCACAUUCUAAGGCAGCAUCGCAUGUGUCCUUGGCUGAGAAGACAAUCGCAGAAUGCGUUGCGAUGAGUGUGAAAAAAGUUUUCCCGCAUGCAGACGCCAUUGCACGCGCUGUCUCCCUCUGCCUGGCUGGCGAUUAUGUAAAUGAAGCUCACACCUGAAAAUCACUGGAAAAAUCGGCUAGUGUGGCGCCAGCUUUACUUGACAUGCCAUCUAAAAAAUGUUGCUCUCCUGCACAAUGGUCAAAGACAUCUGCCUAGUGCUUGUUUACAUAGAAAAUCCAUUGAAAAACAGCGCCAAUGGACGGAACAAGUAUUCGGUGUGAACAGCCCCCUAGAAUGCAGCUGCCUAUACAAGCAGUAGGUAGCAUGGCAGCUCACUAGGUUGUGGAACAUGGUCUUGACAUAGUUUUGCCUUACAUUUGAGCUCUGGGUACCUUAGACUCUGCAGGGGAGGGAAGGAGAUUUUUGAAUGUGUUGAGAAAUUGCUUUCUGUUAGUGAUCUGGAAGUGAUCAACAAGUGGCCUCAACUGCCUCCAGAGAAAAGAUUUGGCCUGCUGCCAGCAUUGUUCCCAUCCUGAUAACAUCAUUGCCACAUCCAUCAUGAUCUCAUUAUGUCUACAUCAAAGGAGAGAUAUCAUAGGUAUCAAAGCAAGCAUUCAUGAUACCAGUGUGUAUUCAUCUGAGCUCUUUAUGCCAGUGGUUUAUGAAUGUUGGAUGUCCAAUCGGUUUGGUGUCUUAUUCAAGUAUGCCUGGAGAAGUUUCUCAGUUUACAGAUUUAUUCAUUUUUGCACAUUUUCAUCUUUGCACAUUGAUCAUGUUUAUGAUGGAAGUCAAUCAGUUUGAGAGUUUAUUAUGGAAAAGAGAGAAAAUUAUAUACAUAUAUAAAGAAAGAAAGAAAGAUAAAAGUUCAUAUUCUAAACAAAUCAUCAAUCACACAUCAAUAUGCAAUAUAUAUAUAUAUA